GAAAUUCGUUGUCAUCUUCCUCCAUGGCUCUAAGCAACUUUUUGUUCCUCAGUUUGACUUUCCAACUACUCCUUCUACUUCCUGUUUCAUCGGAAUCUUCAUGGAUCGCCGGAGAUGUGUCUCAAAUCCCGACGAAGCUCCUCGAAUCUGCGAAGAGUCCAGAGGUCUUCGAUUGGAUGGUGAGAAUCAGAAGGAAAAUCCACGAGAAUCCGGAGCUUGGUUACGAGGAAUUCGAAACCAGCAAGCUCAUUAGGUCGGAGCUUGACCUUAUCGGAAUUAAGUAUAGGUAUCCAGUAGCUAUCACCGGUAUUAUCGGAUAUAUCGGCACGGGAGAACCACCGUUCGUCGCCCUGAGAGCUGAUAUGGAUGCUUUGCCUAUUCAGGAAGCGGUAGAGUGGGAGCACAAGAGCAAAAUCUCUGGUAAAAUGCAUGCUUGUGGACAUGAUGGUCAUGUUGCUAUGCUUCUUGGUGCUGCAAAAAUACUUCAAGAACAUCGCCACGAUUUGCAGGGAACUGUGGUGCUUAUCUUUCAGCCAGCUGAGGAAGGUUUGAGCGGAGCAAAGAAGAUGAGAGAAGAAGGAGCUUUGAAGAACGUUGAAGCUAUUUUCGGGAUACAUCUUUCCUCCCGGAUUCCCUUUGCGAAAGCCGCUUCACGUGCAGGUUCAUUUAUGGCUGGAGCUGGAGUCUUCGAGGCUGUAAUCACCGGGAAAGGAGGUCAUGCUGCUAUCCCGCAGCAUACAAUAGAUCCUGUUGUUGCAGCUUCAAGCAUCGUCCUCAGUCUUCAACACCUGGUUUCACGUGAAACUGACCCUUUGGAUUCAAAGGUGGUUACAGUUUCUAAGGUUAAUGGAGGCAACGCGUUCAAUGUCAUCCCUGAUUCAAUCACCAUAGGAGGAACCGUCCGAGCCUUUACCGGGUUUACUCAGCUUCAACAAAGAAUCAAAGAGGUGAUUACCAAGCAAGCAGCAGUUCACCGAUGCAAUGCAUCUGUUAAUCUAACACCAAACGGUAGAGAACCGAUGCCACCAACAGUGAACAACAUGGGCUUGUACAAGCAAUUCAAGAAGGUGGUUAGAGAUUUGUUGGGUCCAGAAUCUUUUGAGGAAGCAGCAGCUGUAAUGGGAUCGGAGGACUUCUCAUACUUUGCAGAAACAAUCCCAGGCCAUUUCUCACUCCUGGGAAUGCAAGAUGAGACCAACGCUUAUGCAUCAUCUCAUUCACCACUCUAUAGAAUCAACGAGGAUGUGCUUCCUUACGGUGCUGCAAUCCAUGCAUCGAUGGCAGUACAGUACCUCAAAGAGAAAGCUUCUAAAGGUUCUGUCUCAGACUCUCAUGACGAACUCUAAUCCUUGUCAACCUUGGUUUUAGACAGGUUCCUCAUCGGUUAUUGAUUCGAAUUCAGAAGUACGAAGUUAACACUCCAUAGAAUAAUAUUUUAUCGUACAA